UUAUAGGAGCAUAGAAACUACUUCUACUACUACUACUCUCACACAGUGCUUGAGACUGACAGAUCUUCACUGCAAACAUGAACAGCAAAGAGUCUCAGUCUGGAAUCCAACUGCUUACACAAAAUGAGGAGUUCCGCAUUGUUCUGGUCGGGAAGACAGGAGCUGGGAAAAGUGCUGCAGGAAACACCAUUCUAGGGAAUAAAGCUUUCCCAUCAAAAAUGUCCUCUAUUUCUCAGACAAAAAACUGUGACAAGAGAAGAGGGAAGGUGGGUGAGCAAAGUGUAGCUGUUAUUGACACCCCAGGGUUGUUUGAUACUUCAUUUUCCAAUGAGGAGUCACUGAAAAGGAUUGCUAAAUGCAUCUCUUUCUCUGCACCUGGUCCCCAUGUGUUCCUGGUUGUGAUCCAGCUGGGAAGAUUCACUGAAGAGGAGCAGAAAACUGUGGAGAUAAUUCAGAGAUUAUUUGGUGAUGAAGCAUCGAAAUACACCAUGGUUCUCUUCACACAUGGAGACCUUCUUGAUGAUGAUGAUGUAACAAUUGAACAGUUCCUGCUUGAAAAUCCAGAUCUGCAUAGUUUACAUUCCCAAUGCAGUGGGGGAUAUCAUGUCUUCAACAACAAAGAUAAGAAUCCUUCCCAGGUCUUUGAGCUGCUUGAGAAGAUAGACAAGAUGGUGAAGAUGAAUGGAGGAAGCCACUACACCACUGAGAUGUUCCAGGAGGCUGAGAGAGCGAUUGAAGAGAUGAAGAACAGGAUCCUGAGAGAGAAUGAAGAGAAGAUACGCAGAGAGGAGGAGAAACUGAAGAAAGAAAAAAUUAUCCAAGAGGCUCGGGAAAAAGAGCUUAAAGAGAAGAAUGAGAGGAUCCUGAGAGAGAACGAAGAGCAGAAACGCAGACAGAAUGAACUGAAGACAGAUACACAAGAGGCUCAUGAGAAAGCGAUUAAAGAGAGGAAUGAGAGGAUCCAGAGAGAGAUACAAGGUCAGAGAAUCAGGGAGGAAGAACUGGAGAAACUGAAACUGGAAAAAGAGGCUAAAGAUAAAGAAAUACAGGAGGUGAGAGAAAAACAUGAAAGGGAGGCAAGAGAGAGAGCUGAAGGAGAAAAUGGCUUUAUAACAAGUUAUUUGAAAAAAGUGGGCAAAGCACUAAAAGGGGCUUGCAGUAUACAAUGAACAUCUGAAACAAUGCUGUUCGAGAGUCCCAAGCUUAGUCACAUUGAAUGUAAUUGUAAUUACAAUUGUAUUGCAUUGCAUUGAAUGCAUCUACAUACAGUGUACUCUGUUGCCAUUCUAAUGUUAUAGUCUGUAACUGUGGACCCAUUGACUUCUAUAGAUGUAUAUUCUAUAGCUUACAUAAAGCUUUAUGACAUUUAA